AUGUCAUUUCUCACCAAAUCAAUAUUGCAAUUUUCAGCGAGACGGAACUUCUCGCUGGUAUCCUCUUUUUCACCAUUCAAUGCCGGUUUACUUCGCUCAAGUCCGCUACAAUCUACAAGCACUUCAAUGGCAGACAGAACUGUUAGCCAGCCUGCUCAAAGCUUUCCACUAAUUAACUCGAUAUUUGGAUUCACUCAGAGAAGAUGGAAAAGUAGAGGUAACACUUUUCAACCAAGUACAUUGAAGAGAAAAAGAAGAGUCGGGUUUCUGGCAAGAGCUAAAAGUAAGCAGGGCUCCAAGGUUUUAAAGAGACGUCGUGAAAAGGGUAGAUGGUACCUGACACACUAG